CUUGCAGCUCUUUAUUCAGGGUAGCAUGUCACCACCAAAGUAUCAAGUGUGUUAAAUAAUAGUCUCCCGUUCCCUUUGAGUAAAGUGAAGUAAAAAGUGAGUUUCAUAAUCUUUAGGCCAUAUCAUCUUAUCGUAGUCAAAUGGCCAGCCGAAUUCAGCUUUAUAAAUUUGCUUUGAGGACUUUGAGAGUUACCAGGAAAUACGUCCCUCCUACGUUGGCAAAUCGGGGAUGCCGGGAAUGCAUGAGUGCAAACUGGACCAUCAAUUUACGUAGAUAUGUUUACACAGCUGUACCAAAUGAAACUAUUGAAGCUCAAGCAACUGAAAAUCCUGAAGGGAAGUCUGAGGUUUUCCAGAUAUUAUCCAUACUGCAGAUGAAGAAAGACAGGUUGGGUCCACUGAAUAUCACUGAUAUAAAAACUGGUAUUGAGAAGCUAAAAAGACAGAAUGUAGAGUUGAGUGGCAGUGAUUUUUUACAACUUCUUCAGAUGACCAUUAAGGCUGUUGAAAUGGAAUAUCGAAAUUGCUCUGAUGUUGUUCAGCAGUUACUAGAACUAUACAAGACUGGGAAAGAAAAACCACUUACACUUGGACAUCUUGAACUUUACUUCAAAAUGUGCCUUCUUGCUGAAGUUCCACUUAGCUCUAAGGUUAUGUUGAGCUUAGUGGAAGACAACAACAUUGAUGUUACCAGGGAAUUGUUGGAGAUUAUGAUGCUGAUCCUAGGUAGGAACGGAAGAAUCGAUGACACUGCUGAUAUUUUGACAUUCAUGAAGCAGAAGGGGUUUCCAAUUACCGAAGUCAUAUUUAGUGGAAUAAUUUUUGCACAUGGCUUUAACAGAGAUCUUGAUGGAAUAAAUUCUGUCGUGGAGACCAUGCGUAAUGUUAAAAUGGAUUUCACAUCCAUAACAUAUCAUGCAUUGAUGACUGCUUAUGCUGUGGCAGGUGAAUUUCCAAGAGUUGGAAGUUUGGUUCAGCAAAUGAACAGAGCCAAGGUUGCUUGUACUCUCUCCCAGCUCAAGUCGUUGCUUCUUGACGUUGUGAAAAGUAACGAAGCUGGAGAGGACUUUGAAAAUAUGGACUAUGUCUUAGAGUUGAUGAAGCAAAAGGGUACCUUGGAUUUGGCAGUAAUAGUACUACAUCUCAUUCAUCAUAAUCAUGCACCAGAAGCAGUCAGACUUUUAUCUUCUCAUCUACCAGUUUUGAAAAACACAGAAUACUACAACAAUGCUCGAAUUUACAUACAGGAAAUGGUGCACUGUUUAAAAGAUGUAGAUCUACUGGUUGAAAUGUGUCAGCAGUUGGAGCAAGAUGAGAUUAACAAGUACGCAACACUGGUUGCACUUGAAACUGCGUUUAUUGAGCACAAAGAGGAGGUUGCUUGGGCUUUGCUUCAGUCGCUGAAAAAUAAUGGCAAACCGUUGCGACAACACUACUUUUGGCCAUUACUUAAUGGUUCUCAGUCGCUUAUUGCCUCUAAGCUGAUAGACUACGUUCACAACAUGGUUACCUUAGGUAUACCGCCAGAUGUUGAAACUCUCAGCGAAUUUGUUAUUCCUAAUUUGACAUUGAAGGAUCCACAAUCUAUUGAACAUACGUUAAAAGGUGCAGGUCUCUCGGUUACUCUGAUUGCUGCCCCAUUAUUGACUGUUUUAAUUAGAAACAAUAUGAUUGACAAAGCCAUCGAAUAUGCCAAGAAUUUGAGAGUUGAUUUUUCUUCACCUGAUUUAACAGCAGCACUAGCUAAGACCUGGACAUCAUCGCCGAAGUCUGCUAUAUCUCUUUUAGCAAUGCUUAUCCAAAAGGCAAAAGAGCAUGAACCCUCUGGCAAUCUAAAAGAAGACUGGGGAGGACAGUUCCUCUUGGAUAUAGCAUCAUCCAGAAAUGGUCUUAAUAAACAUCAAAUUGUUCCAUUAUUUAAGGAACUCAAGAAAAAUAACAUAGGCAUAUCUGAAAUUUCUGCAGAUUAUCUUGUUGGAAGGGCCAAUGCAUCCAUUCAAGAAGAGCUAAAAGAGAAUGUUCAUAUGAUAGUGGAUAAGAGUUUAGGUCAUCCUCCAAAGGAGCAGGAUUAUAACUUCAUGCCACAUCCUAAUGACAUGACUAUAGAGGAGUUAGAAGGGCAUUUAAUUGAACUACAAUCAAAAGGAUUCAAAACCAGGGGUACUAUUCGUCGACUGAUCUUGUUACAUGCCAGUGAAAAUAACACAGAAAGAGUUUUGAGUUUAAUGAGGGUUUUAGAAGAAAUGGGAGAGAAAAUGAGUCCAGGGGUACUUGCAAGCAUUCUUAAUGCAUAUAUAUCAGUAAAAAAUUUUGAUGCUGCUCUCGAUGUAUAUAAUGGUCUCAGACAAGCCCAUCCAUCUUUUGCACUGGAUAAAUACAAAGUGAUAGACUUUUCCACAGCACUUGUCAAACACGGAAGAAUUGAAGAGGCAGUGAAAAUUCUUGAGGAAGUUACACCAUACAAAGGUAACACUGUUGAUGAAAAAAGGCAAGUAAGAAGAAAUUGCCAAGCAUUAUUAAUGGCGGCGGCAGCAACAUGUAAAUACGAAGUGGUUACGCAAAUAUUUGAUAUUUUGAAGAGUAAAAAUAUCAUAAAGAUUGACAAAUUAAUGCUUGGGGCUCUGGUUAAAUGUCGGCUGAAUAGCGGUGAUUAUAUUGGGACUGUAGAAGAAGUGAGAUCCAUUAAAAAAAAGUUUAAGUGUCUUCCCAUGAAAAUUGAAGUUCUUAUACAUCUGCUUCAUAAUAUUAAGAAAACGGAAGCAGAAGCAGACAGUUUAGAAGAAUCCAGAAGCUCUGCAAAUAAGCUAUUGGAGGAAAUGUUAAAUAUCAUUGCUAGUGUCAGUGGUUCCACAAAUGCUCAACAUGACUUGCUCUUUGCUUGCUUAGAAGCAGGUUAUCCUUCUCAGGCAACACAGGUGUUAAGGAGUUUAGGUAGGAAGAUUAAUGAAUCACAAAUACAACGUCAGUGUCAGAGGUAUGCUGGAACAGCAAGGGAAGAGCCAUUACUAAACUUUUUGAUCUCAUGUAGAUCAAUUCCUGGCAUCAGAAGAGAGGAAAUUUUCAAUUCCCUAUUGGAUAUAUACCAUGUACAAAACGAUGGCAGAAAGGGACUGUCAUUAUGGACGCGGAUGCAAGAGGAAAAUGUUUUGCCAUCUAAGGCUUUUCUUGGGACACUUGCUUCGCUUCUUGCUUCAAAUGACAUUGAUAUCCCUUAUGAAGUCUCAUGGUCUGUAUAAUUUAAGACAUUUGUGAAUUUGAGGCUGUGAUCAGGAUACAACUCGUACUCUAUAAUUUAUAAUAGUAGUGGAAAGCUCACAUUGGUAGUUAGUAAGUCUGUAACUAGGAUUUAUAGAGGUGGCAACAUUCCAGCCAAUCUGUAAAUGUAUUGAUAGAGGAUAACAUCCUUGAAAUAAUGUAUUUUACAAGAGUAAUGCUUGUGCUGUUUCGUUCGUUGCAUCCAGGGGUUUUGUCUUCAUCCCAUGCCUGAUUUUGUGAUCAUAUGUGUACUGUAAUAGAAGUUGUAAAUUUUAUGUCAUCUUUCAUAAAAGUUUCCUAUUAAAGAAAACCAUAAUUUUUUAUUGGUUUCAUGUUAAAUUUUAAGUUGAAGUGGAUCACUGAAGAACUGAAAUUUUGUUAUGGAUGCAACCACUUCAUCUGAUAUACUUGGUAAGGGUAGUUAUUUGGUUGGGAGUAGACAAGGGAACUAUGACCUACUAUAAGGAUUAUAGAGGAGGAUAUCUUUUUCUAGCUGAAGAUACCUUCCUUUGUAUAUGGUUCUGAUUUAUAGAUAGUAGUAGCAGUUGUAGUGUGACUGUACUUGCAAUCAUGUUAGACUCCACAGUAUUUUGGAAAGUUGAGUUUCGAUAUCAGUAGCCAGAUUAAUGGGUAUCUUCUUUGUUACUGAUCUUUUGGUAACUCGCAAAUGCAGUGCUCAGUGGUGUGACCUAGGCAAGGUAUAUUUAGGGUGCUGCCACACCACAUUUUCCAGGAACUAAAAAAAGCCAGUUAUGUACUAAUCAUGCUUCCAAAGAGUAAAAUGAUCAUUUAUAAAAAAUAGCAAGGGAAAGACUGAGUUGGGUUAACUGUAUGUAGAAUUAUUCGUUUAUAAAUACAGUACAUAAACACUUAACACCUAAAAAGCCUGUUGUAUCGCUGUAGCUUUUCAGUUUAAGGAAAGCAACAUUUAUGAUGCUACUAAGAAGACUCUACCUCAGAAAUGAAAAAAAAUGAUGAGGUUACAGUAUUUCUCCUUAGUUUUGAUAUACCAUUAUGGUGCAAUGUUGCUUUUAGUCUUCAAAUGUAUUUGUUAAUGUAACACAGGUAUUUGAUUAUAAAAUAACCAGGUAAAAGCUAAUUCUUUAUUGAGUAUAUAUGUUGAAGGAACACCCUUUUAAAAUAUUUUUGGGGACUGAAUUGUCUUGGUAAAUUUUAAUGUUGAUAAUUCAUAAGAAAUACUGUAUAUUUUUAUAUUUUCUUGUCAAACACCAACUGGUAUAUGAUAAAUCAUAGUACUAAAGUGACACAGGACUAGGAAAACAUAAGAAAAAUGUUGGAUGUAUAGGUAAAGAUGUAGGAAGCAAAUUGAAAUCAAAAUGAAAUAAGAAAAAAGUUGUAUUAUAGGUAUGUGCUAGAAAAGACUGAAAUAUAACGAGCUAGACUAAAUGAGCUAUUGAGCUGAGCCGAAGUUACAUAAUGAUGAAUGAUGUCUUACAUGAAUGAAAGGAAUACAGUGUAUAACAAAUGAGUGACUGAAGGUGUUGUGAAACUUCAGAGGUGGAUAAUAGAGAGAAUGAAUAGAAGUUGAUUGCAGGGAAAACAUUAAAAGUGGUCAUUUAGGUGGUUAUUCCAUAUGAUAUAAGAUGACAGAUAAGAAUGCAUUCAAGAAAGGAUGAUUUUAGGCUUGCGGGUAACAUCAGUAAGAGAGAGACAUCUGUAUAAUGGGUCAGUUUUAAAAGUAUUAUAAUUAAACCGUUUCGUGCAGGACUUAGCAUUGUCAAUUAUAGCAACUAAAGAGAAAGUGGGGCAUUCAUAAAAUGGUUAGGAUUAUUUUUCUGUAUACUUCAUUAUUACUGGCAUUAGGCCCCCCAUCAAGGGUUCUCAAAUCAUUUUGUGCCUUUGAGAUUAAAUUGAAUGUAGUAGGGUCACAAGUGUUAUGAUUCCUCAGGUCUCUGAAAGAAAAUAUGUUGGUUUACUUCCUUGCAAUUAUUUUUUUGCUUGUAUAUAUGUUUUAUAUCUAUAAAAUUAUUUAUAAAUUUAUUAUAACGUUGUUGAUAAAUAUUUGUAUGGAUUAAUCAGACAUGAAUUUAUUUUGUUAAA